GGAACCUGUGCAAAGGGCUAGAUUUUCUUACUAGCUGCCAACGCUAGAUCUUUUUCUUUUUGUUCUGAAGCUUUUCUUUUUACCAGCUAUGACAGAAGUAACAUAUGCUAAUCUCAGAUUUGAAAACAACCAUGAACUGGAUAAUAUCGCAGGCCCCAAAGAUACUAAGAAAAAAGGAUCUCCCACUUCAUUCCACUCUUGCUGGCCAGCAGUCCUGAUUUUGCUCAUUUUGUGCCUGACAUUGCUGACGGCGCUGGUGACCCUGGCAGUUUUAUUUUUCCAGAUUCCUAAGGACUACAGAACACAACUUAGAGACCUCAACAUGACAAUGAAUGAGCUGCAUGCAAAUUUCUCCAACAUGCUGCAAGCAAUAGGAAAUCAGCUAUGCCUGGAAGGGGAAACAAACCUUAAAAAUAAUGGCCAGAACUGUGUACUCUGCCCCACAAACUGGAACUGGAAAGGUGGUGAUACAUGUUACUACCACUCCGUGGAAAAGAAGUCUUGGGAACAGAGUCUCCAACUUUGUUCCUCACAAAACUCUACUCUUCUUCUGAUAAAACAAAAAGAAAAGCUGGAAUUGGUAAAAAAAAUCCCUGAAGCAGAAUACUGGCUUGGAUUUAGAAUUGAGCAGAGCAUCUGGUAUUGGGCAGACAACACCACUGUUACAGAACAACAAAAGUCUUGGGUAAAGCCUAAGUACUACCCCCAAGGCUGUGGAUCAGUUUAUUAUGCUACCAUGUAUUUCAAAUCAUGUAAAGAAGAGCUUCACUAUAUCUGUGAAAAGCCUGCUAUCCAAUUACAGCGAUGUAACAGCUCCUGUCAGGAGGGCUGGUUUGUCAGAGCAAAUGAUUAUGAGAGGCUAGACGAUGUUCUGCAAGACGUGUAAAAAUAUCUUCAUAGUAAGGAAAUGGGCAUGGUGGAAGGCUCCAGGAGCACCCAAAGUCUGUCAUUCCGGAUUGAAUACUGCCAAAUGAUUACUUAGUUUUAACCAACACAAUUGGUGGACAAAAUGGCCAGAAGUGAUGGCCAGGAAAAAAAAAAAUACAGUGACAAGCACAGAGAUUCAUAGUCCUCAUAACGGCUUGUGCAUGUAUCACAGGAGAAGAUACCCUUCAGCUAUAAAUGACAAGGUCUUUUCCAUGUUCUAUACAUCUUCCUGGCACUGUUAGUACUCUUACACACACACACACCUUUCUUUUCCCUUUUUCUUUUUUCCUAGUAAUAAUUCUGCUCUUCUUCUCUACUUUUCUAAUUUUCUACUCUUUUAAUCUAUUAAAGAGUUACCUGGGAUUUGAGUCAGUGACAUGAACAGAAUCUGCUAUUACGUAUUUUUAGGAUAUUUCCUGGAAUGUCAUGUUGCUAUUUAAUGUGCUGAGCAACGGUCUACAAACCCAACCAUCCCAAGCAGUGUUAAUGAACAAAAUGUCUCCCUUCAUAUUUCCAUAGACCAAUGACAGCCAAGUUGAAAUGAGAAAUCUCAGUCCCAUAACUGUGUUUCGAUUUGAGCAAAAAGUCCACAAUUUCUUAGCUUGGUCCCCUCUGGAGACUUGUGCAUUCCUUGUGAAUUUCAUCCCAGAUUAUUUAUGGGGGAUCAUCUACCUGUGGUGUAGCAGUUGGGCUUCUGAAGCAUUAGUCAUUCUCUUCAAGAGGCUGUUCUAGUGUCUCACUGCUCUCAGCACUACACAACAAUUUCUGAUCACCAACAUGAACAUUUUGGGUGUUAUUUUCAAAUACCAGUUUCAUACUCUAGGAACCUUAGUGGAUUUCUUUUCCUGUCUGCUGUUUACCAAUUGCAUCUCUAACAUAACUUUUCCUAUCUGCUUCUGUCUUUGGGGGUGAAAAUGCACAGUGCUUUUGUCCUGUCAUGCAGACACAGCCCUGCUAACUUCCUGGAGUGUCUCUCAGCAUUUAUACAAGCUUUACUGAAAUAAGAAAUCUCAUGUGUAAGAUAUUCUGAACUGUAUUCAUGAUGCAUUCUCUCUUGAUAAUG